GUUGAACGUCGCCUCCGUCUGUCGUUGUACAGCCGGGUCCACCGGGUCGCCAUGGGGACGCACCUGAAGGACAGAAGUUCGGGAGGUGCGUUUGAAGCCUGACCGCAUCAGUCGGAGGAGACAGCGCCGCCCUCACUUCCUUCCUGGAAGCCCCGCGGCCUCAGGUGAGGCGGGACGUUUGAUACGUGACACCACAGCGACCACAGAGAGAUUAAAACACACCUGGAGACAGAAUAAAAGAGAGGAAACAUCUUCCUCGUCCUCCUCUUCCUCCUCAAGUCACAUAUAAAGUCUCUCCGUCAGCAGCUGAAGCAACGAGAAGCAGAUCGUCAGUCGUGCAGACAUGCGGUGGCUUCAUCAGAGUCGAGGUUCUCCCAGACUCGUGCUGGUGGUUGUGUGUGUCGCUCUGCUGCUCGACAAUAUGCUGUUCACUGUGGUCGUGCCAAUCAUCCCAACAUUCCUGUACGCCAUGGAACAUCCCAGUCCAGAGCCCCAGACCGCCCAGCCCUCCCUGCUCCCUCAGCCCAGCCUCAGUGCACCGGUCCUGGGCCCGCGGUCCGAGCAGAGCCCUGGAUCGUCUCCCUCCACCUUCUCUCCUCUGCUGUCCCUGUUUGAUAACUCCACCUUCAGGCUGCAGGAGAGCCGGACCGCCCCGACCCCCGACACCGAGUCCACAGACCAGACCGGUCUGACCACAGAGCUGCAGAUCAACCAGACCACUGACGCCACAGAGUCCUCUUGUCUUCAGGACAGUUUAUUUCUGGAGGACGAAAAUGUUCGUGUUGGUUUGUUGUUUGCCUCUAAAGCUCUUGUGCAGCUGAUGGUGAACCCCUUCGUCGGUCCGCUCACUAACAGGAUCGGGUAUCACAUCCCCAUGUUUGCUGGUUUCAUCAUCAUGUUUGUGUCCACCAUCAUGUUUGCGUUCUCAGGCACCUACGCUCUUCUUUUCUUCGCUCGCUCUCUGCAGGGAAUCGGCUCAUCGUUCUCCUCUGUGGCAGGUCUGGGUAUGUUGGCCAGUGUUUACACAGAUGACGAGGAGAGAGGCAUCGCCAUGGGCAUCGCUCUGGGAGGACUGGCCAUGGGAGUCCUGAUCGGAGCUCCAUUCGGCAGUGUGAUGUACGAGUUUGUGGGGAAGAGCGCCCCCUUCCUGAUCCUGGCCUUCCUGGCUGUGUUCGAUGGAGUGUUACAACUGUGCAUCCUGCAGCCUUCAAAGAUCUCUCCUGGGAGUGUGGAAGGAACUCCUCUACUGACCCUCCUCAAAGAUCCAUACAUCCUCAUCAGUGCAGGGUCUCUGUGUUUCGCCAACAUGGGCGUGGCCAUUCUGGAGCCGACUCUGCCGAUCUGGAUGAUGCAGACCAUGUGCUCUCCUAACUGGCAACUUGGUAUGGCCUUCCUCCCCGCCAGCAUCUCCUACCUGAUAGGAACAAACCUGUUUGGUCUUCUGGCCAACAAGAUGGGACGGUGGCUCUGCUCCAUGUUGGGGAUGUUUAUUGUCGGCAUCAGUCUGCUGUGUGUACCUUUUGCCACCAGUAUCUACGGUCUGAUUGGACCAAACGGCGGUCUGGGCUUCGCCAUAGGGAUGGUGGACUCCUCCAUGAUGGCCAUCAUGGGCUACCUGGUCGACAUCCGCCACGCCUCCGUCUACGGCAGCGUCUACGCCAUCGCUGACGUGGCGCUGUGUAUGGGCUUCGCUAUUGGACCAUCCACAGGGGGCGCUCUGGUGCAGGCGAUCGGUUUCCCGUGUCUCAUGGUGUUUAUCGGGGUGAUCAACAUCCUGUACGCUCCGGUCUGCUUCCUGUUACGUAACCCCGCUGUCCGAGAGGAGAAGAUGGCGAUCAUCGAUCAGGAGUGUGCGAUGCACAGGAAAAACUACAACACACAGAAGGAGAGUCGAGACUUUCCUCUGAGCGACUAUAGUGAAGAAGAAGAGACGGAGGAGUGACACACACACACACACACACACACACACACACACACACACACACACUCACACACACACACACACACACACACCUGAAGAUGUCCAUGUUGUGAUGUUGUCCUCAAACAUGUUUUACCUUCAUCAUCAGACGCCUCCAGUCGUCACAGAACAGACGUCAGCAGAAAGGUUGUGAGGUGCUGCCUCUCAUGUUGUUAACUUGUACAUUAAACUAAUUCAUUCAUUCA